UCUUCUUCUCCUCCAUCUCCGUCUCUGCUUUUCAAUUUCAAUUAACCACCUCUUCGUCGUCUCUGGUAACAACAACUCCGGCGACUCUUUUUUAUUUAUUCCCUAAAUUACUUUGAUGUGAAUUUUCUGAGAUUUUUACUGUUCAAUCCAUGAUUACAGUUUUGGGUUUUUGAUCGGAUGUGAAAAUUUUUAGAUUCUUCUUCAUCAUUUUAUAACAGAGGAGAAACAAAAAAAAAGGAUCUUUUUCUUUCUUUCUAUUUCGUUCUUUCUUUUAAUUUAGGAAUCUAUGGGGGAAGCAAGUAGACAACAAAGGGCAUGUAACAGAGAAAUGACCGUUACGACAAAUCUUUCUCUGGACAUAGAUAAGUACCCGAGAGAUCUGUUACGAGGUUUCAUGUCUGAAAACGGUGUUGGCAGAACGAUUCAUCGUGGAGGCGAAGCAGACUGCGAUGACUCCGAGAGUGCGAUCGAGCUGAAUCUUGGUUUGUCUUUAGGAGGUAGAUUCGGAGUAGACAAGACUCCUAGGAAGCUCAAACGAUCUUCCUCUGUUAUCGGAACUCUGCCUUUUGAUGACUCAACGACGAUUGUCUCGGGGAUGGAGGCUGAGCCGGAGAAUUACACGGUGGGUUUAGUGAGAACGACGUCGUUACCGGCGGAGAUGGAAGAGGAAUGGAGGAAACGGAAAGAGAUGCAGUCUCUUAGGAGAAUGGAAGCUAAGAGAAGGAGAUGCGAGAAACAGAGUUUCAGAGUUGGGAAUUCUGAUGACCAAGCCGUGUCGUUUGAGAAUGAGAGAUGGGUCACUGCGAGUAAAAGUGGGUUUUUGCAGAGACAUUUGGUUCCUUCUAAUAGACAACUCUGUGUCGACUCUGAUGGUGGAGGAGGCGGAGGCGGAGCUACAGGAGGAGGUAGCUCCUCGAGCUUAUCGGAGCUGGACAACAAGAAUCAACAAGGAUCAUCAAACAGUUGUAAUGAUGAAAGAAGUCCGAAGAUCGUGGCAGGAUGUUCAUCUAAUAGCGGAAGCCAUGGAACAGAGAAACCAAAUGUGACAAGAGCCAACAAAGUGAAUGAGAAUGAGAAAGGGCUGAAAAGAGAGGACUCGGUGGAUAGGAAAGGCAAAGGGAUGGCUACGUCUACUGGCUUGUUUGACAUGCCGUGUGUGUUUACCAAAGGGGACGGGCCAAACGGAAGACGUGUUGACGGGAUUCUAUACAAGUACGGGAAAGGAGAGGAAGUGAGGAUAAUGUGCAUCUGCCACGGCAGUUUCUUGACACCAGCUGAGUUCGUUAAACAUGGUGGUGGAGGAGAUGUGGAUCGUCCUCUACGGCAUAUCGUUGUCAACACUUCUUCUUCGACCUUUUAAAUCGAAGAAAUCGGUACAAAAAAAACGAAUGGCUCUUUUGCUCUUUGUUUUGUUUUCUUUAUCUCGUUGUUUUAUCCUUCGGAUCUCUGGUUUUUGGCUAUAAGAAUGAAUGCCAAAUCCCAAUCUUGAUGAAGAUCAAGAUUUUUUCAUGCUUUUCUAGGUCUUAAUAUUUGUGAACAUGAAAGCAUCAUAAUCCAAUGAUUCUUUCUCCA